UGUGUUUUCAUGGCAUGCUGUAUAGAUCUCAGCACCCUGCUCUCCCCUCUGAGGAUAUUGGAUAAAUGUGUGUUUUCAUGGCAUGCUGUAUAGAUCUCAGCACCCUGCUCUCCCCUCGGAGGAUAUUGGAUAAAUGUGUGUUUUCGAUGCCCUGUAGUCUGUCCCUUUAAGUACUCCCAAGUCUGUGUCCCUGCAAACUAGUUGUAUCAGGGACUGCCCCAAUGGUAUUGGUGGUAAGCAUGUCUGUGUGCUAAACUUCGCCCAAGACCACCUCUCAUCACACUAGCACAAUUCAUGUUAGGUUACAAUGGAACCAGGAGAGAAUGGUAUAGAGUUACCAUCAAUGGAGCUGUAUUGCGAUAGGAACACUGGCCAAACAAGGUGUGUACAGCAGAACUCCUAACAACACCAGCUAAGAUUGCUGUUUUGUCAAUCAGUCGCUGUCUAUUUUCUUGGCUGUAACAAAUGGUAACUGCUGGCGCUUGGCAUUUCUUCUACUGGGCACAGCACUCUGGUUAUAGUGUAUGCAAUCAUGUUAUAUUUCAAACAACAGUUGAACCUAGUUUAUUUUCUUGAUAAAGAAUGAUUCAUUAAUUAUCAUCUUGGCUGUUGAUAUCUGAUAAGUUUGACGCUUUUCAAAAUAGGCUUGAACACGUGCAUGUCUAUGUUCUGAUUGACUAAUGUGCUUAGUUGGAGAAAUCCCAAAGACUAUCUACUGACUUAACUCACUCCACUCUGUCAUCAUUUUUAGAUAAAAAUGUGAAGCUUCUGGAGCUCUUUUCUCACUUUCAUUUCGUCGCUCGACAUAAUCACGUUGGCAUUCUUCUGUGUCUCCAUGGGCAACUAUAGCUCUGGCCAAGCCAUGUCAUCAUUCUCAAAUCCUUUCUUAUGUUCCUUUGAACUCACCUAUGACGCUUUAGAUUCUCCAAACUGUCAUCAAUGGCAAAACAAUGUAAUACUGCAUGACACUGUUUUUGACAGCCUGUUGUUUUGCUUCAAUGACCCCACCAUUAAUUAGGCCUUCAAGUCAACAAUUUAUCUAAUUGGUUGGUUUGUUUUAUUUCUCCAAGACAUUGAAGAUUUUGAGUCACACAGUGUUUCAGUCACAGAGACCCUGAACCAAUUGGCAGCACGUGUGGCGGAUGAAAGAUUUCAGUCAAAGAUUUUUUCACUGGCUCCUCAGUCUAACCUUGACAUACAGGAAGACCUACAGGUAUCCCCUACACAGGUGGUUGAAAAUAAGCUUCACCGGCCUUCAAGACCCACAAUGCUCUCCUCCUCAUUAUCCACUGGUGCCAGUGCGCCACACCCCUUCUCCACACUCAUCCCUGGGGCUCUCUCAGCUAUCCUGCAUGCUACCCUGCCCCCUCACCUUACCUCUGACCCCAAGCCCAGGAGAGAGCCAGGUGCCCAGUGCCAACUGACCCUCGAGCAGCUGCGGACAGAGCUCCGGGACCUAAGGGAUGAGGUCGAACUGAUGAAGAGCCAGCACAACAAAGAGAUUCAUCUGCUGAUGAAUGAGCUGGAUGAGGAGAAAAGGAUUCGCUUGUCAUUACAGAUGGACGUGGCAUGAAGAUGAAGAAGCCUAAAUGAGCAGCAAGAAGUCUAAAUGAGCAGGCAGGCUCAAACAGCAUGGCAUCACCAACAAUGCCAGAACAAGUGGUAAUCUGUCUCUUAGAAUGUUCUCUCAAAAUUAAGUAUCAAUGAAAUCCAGACAGGAAUUUGCUGUAUAGUAUCAAUCAUUUAUGAAACAACAGAAAAACUAUAGUGAAUAUUUUUUUAAAUAUAAUGAACAAUCUUUGUUGUCUAUUUGAGAAAAGUUGAUGUAACGUAUGUAACAAAAUAAAACUAAUGAGCAUCUUCUACAAAAACAUUUUAUAUCAGCUUAUUAUGUGACAUUUUUUAUAAAAUAAAAACAAAAAAACAAGCAUGUUCUUUAAGUCAAGUGGUUUAAGGUACAUGUUCAAUUGUAUUGGGGUCAUUCCACCAAUUUGAUGUAACUUGGUCAAAAAAACGUUUGAUUUCACCUAACUUUAAGUGCCAAAUUAAGUAGCAGGGUUAACCAUAACAGGGUUGACCAUAACAGGGUUGGGGCUUUACAAUGAGGGUGGAAACUUGGAGAAAUGUUGGGGUCAA